AUGUGCUCCAACGUGCUGAGGAAGCGCGCCCUCAACUUCAAAACCAAGGGCAUCACCCACACUUUCACGGUGUACGAGUCGAACGUGGACCCAAUCAUCCGGUUCCUCCACGAACACGGGCUCGAGUCGUCGGGAUGGAUGAGGGCUGUCGGUGUUGAACCUGUUGACAAGUCCAAGAAGGAGACCACGUGCGCCCUCGAGUACCAUUGCAGCAGUGGCGACCAGAUCACUCCACACUCUACCAAUAACGUGGCCCCAUUUGUUCAGGUCAGCUUCGACAUCGAGUGCGCUUCGGCUGACGAUGGCUUCCCGGACGCCCUCCGAGAAGGCUGCGAGGUCAUCCAGAUUGGAUCUACCGUUCAGAUCCUCGGCCAGCCCGAGCCCGUCCUCAAGCACAUCGUCACUUUGAAGGAGUGUCGGCCGAUCCUGGGCGUUGAGGUGGAGAGCUUUGACACGGAGCGGGAGGUCCUCGAAGCCUUCAUCAGGCUCUUGCGCAGGGUAGACGCCGACAUCCUGCUCGGCUGGAACACCUUCCAGUUCGACAUGGACUACAUCUUCAAGCGGGCCGCGAGGUGCAAGAUCAGGCCGUUGAUACUUGGAAAGCUCGUGGCCGAGGAGAGUACCUCCAAAGAGAUGACCCUCCAGUCUGCAGCAUUUGGGAGCAACGCAUACAACCUGGUGACGACGCCCGGGGUCCUCCACCUGGACAUCAUGGAGGCUGUCAAGCGCGAGCACAAGCUUCCCAGCUACAGCCUGAAGGAGGUCUCCAAGACGAUGCUGCCUGAGUCGGGCGCAAGCAACCAGAAGGUCGACCUACCCCCAAAGGAGAUCUUCCGGCUCUUUCGGGAAGGCAGCUCUGCAGGCAUCACUCAGAUCGCAGAGUACUGCGUGCAAGACACCGCGCUACCCCUGAAGAUUGCAAACAAGCUCUGCACGGUGGGGAACGCCAUCGAGAUGGCCAAGUGCAGCUGCGUCCCGGUCGACUACCUGCUCAAACGGGGCAUGCAGAUCAAGGUCUUCUCCCUCAUCCUAAAGUACACCAUGGCGCUCGGCUACGUCAUCCCUGUGAUGCCACGAGAGAACGGUGCUAAGAGGUCAGCAGGUGACAAGAGCGACAAGUACGAGGGGGCCACCGUUUUGGACGCGAAGACCGACGUGUAUAUGCGGUGCAUCGUCACGCUCGACUUUGCCUCCCUUUACCCCAGCAUCAUCCGCGCCCACAACAUGUCGUACGACACCCUCGUCAUGGACCCCCGGUACCUCAACAUCCCAGGAGUGGAGUAUGCCAAGUUCGAAUGGCAGGAACCUUCGGGGCCGAAGACAGCGUACUUUGUGCAGAGCCGUGAGGGAGUGCUUUCAAAGCUCCUGAGCGACUUGGCCGUGUGGCGGAAGGACGCCAAAGGGGUCAUGGCUGCCGCUGAAAGGCAGGGGGACAGGGCUCUCGAGGCGAUCAUGAACGGGAAACAGCUGGCCUACAAGAUCAUGAUGAACUCGGUGUACGGGUUCUGUGGCGCGACGAGGGGCAUGCUACCAUGCGUAGAGAUUGCUGCAGCCGUCACGUCCACGGGCCGGCACAUGAUCGAUCACUCCAAGCAGAUGGUGGAGACGCGCUACCCGGGCAGCCAGGUCGUCUACGGAGAUACGGACUCCAUCUUCGUGUCCUUCAAGGACGACCUGCGCGACAUGCACGAGGCGUUCAGGCUGGGGAACGAGGCCUCGGAGCUCAUCACGAAGACGUUCAAGCGGCCGAACAAGCUGGAAUUCGAAAAGGUCUACUGCCCGCUGCUGCUGAUUGGGAAGAAGAGGUACACGGGGCUCAAGUACGAGAAGGACCCGACCAAGCCCAAGGGAAUCGACACAAAGGGCCUGCAGCUGGUGAGACGAGACAGCGUGCCCCUUGUCCGGGAGGUUUCGAACGCGAUCCUCGACUCCAUCCUGUACAAGUGGGACGUCAUGGGCGCCCGCGUCCAGGCUCGCAAGGUGGUCAAGGACCUCCUCGAGGGCAGGAUCCCGAUCGAGAAGCUGACGCUGACGAAAGCGCUCAGGACUGGCUACAAGAACCUCGACCUACCCCACCUGGCGGUGGCGCGCAAGCUGGAGAUGCGGGACCCUGGCUCCGGGCCAAAGCCUGGUGACAGAGUCCCGUACGUUCUGAUCGACACGGGGAACUCUAAGGACAAGCAAUCUGAGAAGGCUGAAGACCCGGCCUACGCUGUCAGGAUGGGGCUACCCUUGGACUUUGAAUACUACAUGGAGCACCAGUUGAAGACGCCCCUCGUGACCCUCCUGGGACUCUUUGUCAAGAGCGGCAACCCGGCCGAGCAGCUGUACGGGGACCUGAUGCGGGCCUUCAAGAAUGGGAAGAAGAAGCAGAGGAUGAUCGAUUCAAUGUUUAAAAAGCAGGCGCCUGCCCCGAACGCGGCCUCCAAGUGGAAGGAGAUGCUACAGGCCAACAAUGAGCACCUAGCCGGCGGCUUGGGCGCCUUGGGGGGCUUUGGCGCCUUGGGCGCCUUUGGCGCCUUGGGAGGAGCGGGCGGUUUGGGCGCUUUGGGAGGCUUUGGCGCCUUGGGGGGCUUUGGCGCCUUGGGGGGCUUAGGGGAUUUGGGCGCUUUUGGUGGUUUGGGAGCUUUUGGGGGCUUGGGUUCGCUACUGGCCUUCUUAACACACGCCUUGUACUUGAACGGGUUUUUUAAGCAUGUCACUCGGGCCAUCAUGCCCUUGAAGAACUUCUUUAUGCGUGCCCAAAACCACCAAAGCAGAACGACAAUCAGCACAACUGGUAUGACGAUGGGAAGGAAGGGUGCAACAAAGGAGAAUAGCAUGGAUAUCAUGUAG